CCUGUGGAUACGCCACCCUUGCUAUCGAGCACUAUCUCCCUUUCUCUCUCCUAUAAAAUCUCUCAAGAACUCUAUCCCCUUUCUCUCUCAAUCUACUUUUCUUUUUUUCUCACAGAUUUCCUUUGAUCUUUUUGUCUCCACUCACGAUCCCUUACGUCCCCAUCCGGCUCUCUCUAUCUCCUCUCUCCAGCUCUCUCUCUCUCUCUCUCUCUCUCUCUCUCUCUCUCUCUCAUGGCCAUGGGGACUCUGCGCGCCCCUCCUCCCCUCCACCCCUGCACAUCCUUCCUCAACUCCCCCGAAACCACUCCCAAGUCGUGCGCUGCUUCGUUUCUGAGACAGAGGAAGACCAAAAUCGGCUACCUGGCGCUUCGUAGAUCACUUACCGAUGGGAAUAAGAACAAGGGCGGGGUUCGAAGCUCGCAAGACGGGUCUUCGAUCAUAGAAGGCGGGAAGAAGGCUGAGGGUUUUCUCUUGGGCGCGGAGAGGGAUGCAGUCUCUGGCUCCGUUGUUGGGUUCCACUUAAUUCCUCCCCCUGGUGACAGCAAAGUCAUUGACUCGAAGGACAAGCUAGCUACAGAUAGAGAAGAAGUGGCUGAGGUCAUUGGAGGAGAAGGGAAAGUCCUGACUAGAGUAACCCAUAGUAUUGUUUUUGUUACUGCUGAAGCAGCACCUUAUUCAAAGACAGGAGGCUUAGGAGAUGUUUGUGGUUCUUUACCUAUAGCACUUGCUGCUCGUGGACAUCGUGUAAUGGUUGUCUCUCCUAGAUAUUUGCAUGGUGGGCCAUCAGAUAAGAAAUUUGCUGGUGCUUCUGAAGUUGGUUCCCCCACCAAGAUCUAUUGCUUUGGAGGGGAGCAGGAGGUUGGGUUCUUCCAUGAGUUCAGGGCAGGUGUUGAUUGGGUAUUCGUGGACCACCCUUCAUACCACCGUCCGGGAAAUCCAUAUGGAGAUAAAUUUGGUGCUUUUGGUGAUAAUCAGUUUCGGUUCACUUUACUUUGUCACGCAGCAUGCGAAGCUCCCUUGGUGCUUCCACUGGGAGGGUUCACUUAUGGAGAGAAAUGUUUGUUCAUUGUCAACGAUUGGCAUGCAGGCCUUGUACCAGUGCUUUUGGCAGCCAAGUAUCGUCCCUAUGGAGUCUAUAAGGAUUCUCGAAGUAUUCUUGUAAUCCACAACCUUGCACAUCAGGGGGUGGAGCCUGCAGUAACCUACAAUAAUUUGGGUCUGCCUCUUGAGUGGUAUGGAGCAGUUGAAUGGGUAUUUCCAACAUGGGCAAGAACCCAUGCCCUUGACACUGGGAAGGCUGUAAAUGUCUUGAAAGGUGCGAUUGUGACAGCUGAUCGCAUUCUGACAGUUAGCCAGGGUUAUGCUUGGGAAAUUACAACUGCUGAAGGUGGCAAUGGUCUAGAUGAACUCUUAAGUAGUCGAAAGAGUGUUCUGAACGGGAUCACAAAUGGCGUUGAUGCCGCUGAAUGGAACCCAUCUCUGGAUGAGCAUAUUCCUUCAAAUUACACAAUUCAUGACCUCUCUGGAAAGGUCGAAUGCAAGAUUGCUUUGCAAAAGGAAUUAGGCCUUCCCAUUAGGCCUGAUUGCCCGUUGAUUGGAUUUAUUGGGAGAUUGGAUUAUCAAAAAGGAAUUGAUAUAAUUCUAUCAGCAACUCCAGAACUCAUGGAAGAGGAUGUCCAGUUUGUGAUGCUUGGAUCUGGGGAAAGACAAUAUGAAGAUUGGAUGAGAGUAACAGAGGCACAUUAUAGAGACAAAUACAGGGGUUGGGUUGGAUUUGAUGUUCCCAUUUCUCAUAGAAUAACAGCAGGCUGUGACAUACUAUUGAUGCCUUCAAGAUUUGAACCUUGUGGUCUAAACCAGUUGUACGCGAUGAGAUACGGAACCGUACCUUUGGUUCAUGGCACCGGAGGACUUCAAGAUACAGUAGAGAAUUUCAAUCCAUACGCUCGAGAAGGCCUUGGUGAAGGCACUGGGUGGACUUUUUCUCCUUUAUCACGAGAGAAUCUGUUGGCGGCACUAAAGAUAGCAAUCCAAACUUACAGAGAACACAAGUCAUCUUGGGAGGGGUUAAUGAAGAGAGGAAUGGAGAGGGAUUGCACGUGGGACAAGGCUGCCGUUAAAUACGAACAAGUGUUUGAAUGGGUCUUCAUUGAUCCACCCUACGUAAUUUAAUACUUGAGAAGGAGAAGAAGAGAGGGAGAGAGCAUGAUGGAUGAAUUUUUCUUAAUAUCAGUCACACGAGAAAAUGUUUUCCCAGCGGGUGAAGUGGGUGAUAGUUUUAUUGUUUGUUAGUAGUAGCUUGAUUCUUUUGUCGCUGGAGUAAUAAGCCUGUUCCACAAUCUUACCAUACUAAUAUAUCUUCGGAUCAAGAGCCUUUCUAAGAUCCCAAUUUUUGACUUUGGGGUCACACUACUGUCCUUAUAAAUCAAGUUUGAUCUUUAAACCAUGCUGCAGUUUUGCAAAGAAGAAGAAGAAGAAGAAAAACAGGAGGAGGA